CGCCCCACGCAUCCCCUCUCCACCUCCUCCCCCGGCGGCGCCAUAUCACGCGACCGCUGCGACGAGGCGCGCCCCGUCCUUUCUUACUCGUAGCAGCUGCAGCGGCGGCGGGAGGACGAGCAGGAUGGCGGCGGCGAGGAAGAACACCGCGGUGCUCGCGCUCUUCGACGUCGACGACACCAUCACCGCGCCGCGCAAAGAGGUGACGCCGGAGAUGCGCGAGUUCAUGAAGCGGCUGCGCGAGGUUGUGAGCGUGGGCCUGGUCGGGGGAUCCGAUCUGGCCAAGAUCUCCGGGCAGCUCGGUAAAUCAGUCAUCACCGAUUACGACUACGUCUUCUCCGAGAACGGACUAGUUGCGCACAGGAACGGCGAGCUUAUCGGGACGCAAAGUUUGAAAACGUAUCUCGGAGAUGACCAGCUUAAGGAAUUCAUUAACUUCACUCUUCAUUACAUCGCGGACUUGGAUAUCCCAAUUAAAAGGGGUACAUUCAUAGAAUUCAGGAAUGGAAUGAUCAAUGUGUCGCCAAUAGGGAGGAACUGUAGUCAAGAAGAGCGUGAUGAUUUUGAGAAGUAUGAUAAGGUACAUAACAUUCGGCCUAAAAUGGUCUCAGUGCUUCGUGAAAAGUUUGGCCACUUGAAUCUCACAUUUUCCAUUGGAGGGCAGAUUAGUUUUGAUGUAUUCCCAAAAGGCUGGGACAAAACCUACUGCUUGAGAUAUCUUGAAGAAUUCAAAGAAAUUCAUUUCUUUGGGGACAAAACUUACAAGGGUGGCAAUGAUCAUGAGAUAUUUGAAUCUGACAGAACAGUUGGUCAUACAGUUACCAACCCCAACGACACGAUGCAGCAGUGCAGAUCUAUCUUCCUGUCGAAGUGAUUGCCAGACUAUCGUCCCAUAUACACUCAUCUGUUUACAUUCAGAGAAACAUAUGUACUAUAGUGUGCUAGGUUCAGAUUCAGGUAGAGGAACUAGAAAUCAGGAAAAAAAAACUUGUUGCC